AUGAAAAUGCCUUCUCUUUUCUCUUUCCCUACUGCCAUCUUUCUUCUUCUACUUCCUGGAGUUUUUCUAGAAUCCUGCGAAGGAAUUAUAGGAGGAAAAGAAGUAUCACCUCAUGCAAGACGUUACAUGGCUCUUAUCAAAGGGCUGGAAAUCUGUGCAGGGGCUUUGAUCAAAGACAACUGGGUGCUGACAGCUGCUCACUGUGAUCUGAAGGAAAAUCCUCAAAUUAUUCUUGGGGCCCACUCUACAUCCCCUAAAGAGAAACUUGACCAAGUAUUUUCUAUUCAAAAGGCAAUUCCCUAUCCAUGCUAUGAUCCACAGACAUUUGAAGGGGAUCUUCAACUCCUCCAGCUGAAAGGUAAAGCAACUAUGAGCAAAGCUGUGGGAAUACUUCAGCUACCCAAAAGAGGAGAAGAUGUCAAACCCCACACCAAGUGUCAUGUGGCAGGAUGGGGAAGCACCAAAAAAGACUCUUGCAAAGUUUCACAUGUCUUGAGAGAAGUCAAUGUCACUGUGAUAGACCGGAAAAUAUGCAAUGAUGCAGAGCACUAUAAUUUCAAGCCAAUUAUUGAGAACAGUAUGAUCUGUGCCGGUGGUAGCAAAGGUGAAGAUGAUUCAUGUGAAGGGGAUUCUGGAAGUCCUCUGAUAUGCAAUAACAUUUUCAUUGGUGUCACUUCCUUUGGAAAAUGUGGUAACUCCAAGAAACCUGGUGUCUACAUUCUCCUUACAAACAAAUAUCUCAACUGGAUAAAGAAAACCAUUGCAGGAGCCAUAUGA